AUGUUUAUAGCUGUAGUAUUUGUUACGUUGUUCACAAAAACCCUCCUUGGGGAAGCCAGUUAUCACACAUGUAUGCCAAAUACACAGUUCUUAAUGAAUGGCCGACUAUGUUACUGCAACAGUAUGGGCCGUUGGAGCGAGGGCACAUGUCAGACGAUAGGACGACGGCAAACCUGCCAACCAGGCCAGAUAAUAUGGGAGGAAUGUAGCCAAUGCAUCUGUCAGGACAAUGGGAAGCUCCUCUGCACAGACACAGAAUGCACUGAUGAUGCAACGAAGAAGAACACGACUAAUUUUGAAAUUGGGUCCGAAUUGUGGUGUACUCCCUUCAGGUCCUAUUACAUCAAUUGCAGUCUUUGUGUGUGCCCUGCGUCAGGAAAGAUGUCAGAAGCCCGCUGUGCCACUGACUCCUCAUGUUCCCUUAAAGGUCCCAAUGUCUCCCUCGAUAUGAUUACACAGAACGUUUGUAUACCAAAGGUCAUGUACUUGUUUAGCUGUCUACAUUGCUUAUGUUCUGAUGAAGGCUAUUUUAUUCAGAACAAAUGUGUCGAAACUUGUCAUAAGCUCCCGAAAUCAGCAAGGAGAUGCAUACCCAGAACUUUUUAUCGUGUCGAUUGCAAUGUUCACCGGUGUCCAGAGACCGGUGUACCUGAUGAAACUAUGAGAACGAAAACGAAUUGUAACAAGAAACUCAAUCCACUCACUACGUUAGCUAAUCUGAGAAAUAUCACAAUGGCGUGUACACCAAAUAAAUAUACGAAACCUAAAUGUAUUUAUUGUGAAUGUAACUCACAGGGCGUAGUAAACGAAAGCAGUUGCCUAGAACAAGAAUGUUUGAAAAUUCAAGACUUCAAGUAUGACUCUGUUAAAAGUACGUGUAAUCCUGGAGAGCUGGUGCCUACUUGUGUGGAAUGCUUUUGUCCUCGAAACGGUCUCACUACAGAAAAGUAUUGUACGAGAGUCUGCUCGUUCCAAAAUAAGCUAAUUAUGCUAGAACGAGUGUUGAAGGACACAAUCACUUCCAUAGAACGAAAUACUGUAAAGGAAGUAAUUGGAGCUGACACUUGCGACCCUAAUUCACUUAUACUCGACCAGGGCAGAUAUUGUUUAUGUCCUGAAAACGGUAAUGUUAAUCUCAAACUCUGCACUUCAGUCACUGAUAUAAUUAGUGCUCCUAAGAGAACUCAGAGAGUGUUAAUAGAUAAAACAUCCAUCAUUGAUUACAAUGUAACUUGUGAACCAAAUACAUUCAUUGAAUUCGGAUGUAACACUUGUUAUUGUACAAAAGAUGGAAAAAUCGACGCAAAAUGGUGCACGUUUGAUGACUGUGAAGCUAAGAACACAAUACAAGAGUCGCACAGGAGUCGCAAUGAACCCGUAAAAACAGAAACGAUGGCUACAUGUGUUGCGGGAUCUAUCACAAAAGUAGAUUGUAACUUUUGUAUUUGUAGUCCAUCAGGACUAAUGAAGGACAGAGCGUGCACCAACAACACUUGUAGCGGUAAAUAUAAGUCGGUCGUUAAUGAAUUUGCUUGUGAACCUUCAUCCUAUUAUACCGUCGACUGCAACAUUUGCUUCUGUGGAACUGAGGGUAUCAAAAAUGUGAACAAAUGCACUAAAAAUCAGUGUGAGACUAAUUUCUUGAGGUCUGAUUCGUGCUCUCCGGGUGAGCUGUUCAGUGACGACUGCAACAUCUGCGUCUGUCCUCCAAACGGGGAUAAGAAGGACAAAGCUUGCACGAACAGAACAUGCUCCGAAUCAGACACGCCGUGGAAGAAGAUAUUUAAGCUAUCACAGAAUCUUUCAGGCAACCAGGUGGUGGAAGAUUCGACGAAAAAUCUGAAUCUUUGUUUUCCUGGUGAGGAAUUUCAAUCAGAUUGUAAAAUCUGUAUUUGUCCAGACGUGGGUUUGAAAGAGUAUGCGUCAUGUACUCCCACGACAUGUGAGAAAUCGAAAAUUAUUAGUACAUCCAAACCGCUGAGUGUUUUAAGAGGAGAUUAUAAUGAAGAUACAUUUGGCUACGAUUUUGUUAGUACUAACACUGAAUCUGGUAGUGAUGAAGAAGUAAGGGAUGCUGAUGAUGGAGAAGCCAGUCUGAGAGAAGAAGAGGAAGAACCAAUAAUCAAUACACGAAGAGAAAACUGUAUCACUUACAAUGUCACCGACAGUUCUGAGAGACAUAUUUGUACGCCAGGAUCGCAAUAUAUUAUAAGGUGUCGUGUUUGCAUCUGUCCUUACAUGGGCAACAUCAACUACUUCUGUCGACCGCUGCCACCGAAUCAAUAUUGUGAACAGGCGUUCCCAAAUUUCAAUUACGUUCCCAUGGGCAGGAGAAUUGGAAAUGUUAAUGCGACGGUGAAUGUAACCCUCAAAUAUCCGAUUCAAGUGACGAUACCUCAUAACCACACGAUGCACAGAUGUGAGGAACCAGGCAAACUAACUGACAAUUGCUAUAUCUGUGAAUGUGAAACGGACAAAAUCCUCGUAGAAGAACAUUGCUACAAGAGCGAAGACGAAGCGUGUGUGAAUGCUACUCCGUCUUUCAUUAAAACUGGGGAACACCCUAUUUAUGUUAAAAACUAUAAUAAGGUUAAAAAGUAG